UCCUCUUAAUGUGCAAUGACACAAGUCGUAACAUGGAAGAGAUAAUGGUGACACGUGGCAUUAUUCUAGCUUAACAUAUCUAACCUAUACUAAAAGGGUUAUAUGAGCAUCAGAGAAGCUAUCCACGUCAUCAAUUAAAUCAGCCAAUCAGGAGAUUUGAUUUUGACAUGUCAAACAAAUGCUUACUCUACGUUUUACUAACUCGGGCCACUUCGACUAAGAUUAAAAACAAUUUCAAGUUGCCCAUUUUAUGAAAAGCCCACAAUCCUUUCACCGCUAGAUUGUUCGUCGCAGUCGAGCUACAACUCUUUGCACGCACCCUCAACGUUCAAGAACAAAUAUGUCGAUUAGGUUUUCUAAAUCGAUCUUACAUCUCUAUCCUCGGAGUAACGCAACGUUUCGAUUAACCCGUUUAUCAUCUUAAAACCCUCCAUUACUCUCUCCUACACGAUCUAUAUUCAAUGUGAUUUCUGGAUCUGCAAGUCGGUGGAGGUUCAACUAUAAAAAGGCAACCAUGAUGCCGGCCACCGUGAAUCUCAACCGGCUUGCGACUCACAAGCCUCAUCUGAAAGCGGGUGCGGUUUGUUCCCUAACCGGGUUUAAUGUUACUUGAUGUAACCAAAAUUGGAUUCUUCCCUGCUAAUCUGUUUUAGCGACUCAACUUGUUUCAAUUUGGUUACUGAACCGGCUGUUCCACUACCUCUUGAUUCUGUCCGGUUCCGUAAUCACAGUGAAAUGGUCGGCCUUGCCAACACAACACUCAUCUCCCAGAUCUUAUUGGUGAAAUAACUGCUGUCAAGAGUAAUGUCAUGGAUCCUCCUCAUGAGUCAUGACAAGAGUCGUGUUAUGGCGACCAUAAAAUGGACAACUAAGUUAUUUUAAUUUAGUAAUCUGCUUCUUUGUAUAAAUCAAUUUUUUUUUAAAAAAAUGCUCACCAUUCUAUUUCCCCAUGUUAUCAGUGCCAUUUCUGUGACUUUGAGCCUCUUUGACUCUCAAGCUAGACACCAUGCGAGUUGGUCCAAGUGUUAACCAUGGUCAACCCCAAGAUGGUGGGAGGUGGCCUGUUUUUGAAUGCUACCUCCGGCACACACAUAUACUUUGACAAGGCAACAACUGCAGGGGAGAGUUUAUUCUACAGGUUGGUCGCACAAGACACUGGGCUUACACCAGCGGCUCCACUGCAAAGAGGAUAUGCCAAGGUGGAAUACCUGAGCAUAGCAGAGCUCACUGAUUUUUUCUUAACUGCUCCAUCGCAGGAAAUUGAUUUUAUCUGUACCGGAAGAGUGACCGGAAUCAAGAUGGACAAGGGGUGGUGCUAUGUUUCCUGUUCACACUGUGCUAAGAAACUUCAGCUCACUGUCGCAUCUUUCACAUGUCUGUCUUGCAACAAUACUAAUGCAGUCAGUGUCCUUCGAUACCGUGUGGAGGUGUCCGUCGCAGAUGAAACCGGUGAAGCUCUGUUUGUUUGUAUCGAUGGGGUGAUGACAAAAUUGCACAACAUGAGAGCCUAUGAAGCUGGUCAUCUUUUGGCUGGUGAUGGUGUAAACCCGGAGAAAACUCAGGCACCUCCCUUUGUCACAGACAUGGAACUGUGGAAGGUAAUACCUACACAUUCUAGGUGAGGGUGAGCUCAUACAAUUUCACAGCGAAUCAUCCAUCUCACGCAUCCUCAAUGAGCGUUAACGUGAACCACAACCUGCUUCGUUGAUGAUUUUUGAUUAGAGAGACGACGAUGACAAUGGAGAUGACAACUCCGGUGCCAUCUCAGUGGCUGCUAAGGUGAAAGCUGGUGGUAGUAGCCAGGCUGAAGGAGCAUCUGACAAGGUGAAGAAAGCACGGAAGACAUAAGUGAAGAGGAAUGGAGUUCAAGUCGCCGUUGGAGUUCAAGUCGCUGUUUUACCGCUUUCUAUAAUGCUUAAGUUAUUUUCUAGGUUUUUUCUCUUUUUUGAGUUUGCUUUAUGAACAAGUUUGACUUUUGCUCUUGCUAUUUUCUAUUGAUAUCUAGAAUAUCAAUUAUCAAUCUAUUUCAUUUCGGAUA